AUGACUUACACUGCUAGACAAAUCGGUGCCAAAAACACCUUGGACUACAAAGUCUUCAUCGAGAAAGAUGGUCAGCCAAUCUCGUCUUUCCACGACAUUCCUCUAUACGCUGAUGAGGCUAACCAAAUUUUCAACAUGGUUGUUGAAAUCCCACGUUGGACCAACGCCAAGCUUGAGAUCAGCAAAGAGGAGACCUUGAAUCCAAUUAUUCAGGACACCAAGAAGGGAAAGCUUAGAUUCGUGAGAAACUGUUUCCCUCACCACGGCUACAUCCAUAACUACGGUGCUUUCCCACAAACAUGGGAAGACCCAAGCUCUGUGCACCCAGAGACCAAGGCUGCUGGUGACAACGAUCCUUUGGACGUCUUGGAAAUCGGUGAAACCAUCGGUUACACCGGCCAAGUCAAACAGGUCAAGGCCCUUGGUGUCAUGGCCCUUUUGGACGAAGGUGAAACAGACUGGAAGAUCAUUGUGAUUGAUAUCAACGACCCAUUGGCUGCCAAGUUGAACGAUAUUGAAGACGUCGAAAAGUACUUCCCUGGCUUAUUGAGAGCCACCAACGAAUGGUUCAGAAUUUACAAGAUCCCAGACGGAAAGCCAGAAAACCAGUUUGCUUUCUCGGGUGAGGCUAAGAACAAGAAGUACGCUUUGGACGUCAUCAGAGAAUGCAGCGAAGCUUGGAAGAAUUUGAUUCAAGGCAAAGCUGCUGAGUCUAAAGACAUUGAGUUGACCAACACCACGUUGUCGGGUACCUCGACCUUCUCUCAGGCUGCUGCUCAAGCGGUUCCAGCCAAAGAUGUCAAGGAAGACGCGCCAAUCGACAAGUCCAUUGACAAGUGGUUCUUUAUCUCUGGCUCUGCUUAA